AUGGUUCGUCGACGACUUCAAGAAGUACAGGAUCUAAAUAAUGACAACAAAAAUAAUGCCUCAGACAAAACUAAAGAAGAACAAGUUCGAGAAUUAUUAGACGAAGAAAAACAACAUGAAGGCCUUGCACAAGAAUUGCUUAGAUUGACUGGAAGUUUGAAACAUAAUUUUACAACUGCUGGUUCUGUGCUUAAAGAGGAUAAUGCGGCUCUCGAUGUCAUGCACAGAAUUGCUUCAAGCAACAAAGAAAAUUUAGUUCGUGAAAGUGGCCGUUUAGAACAUCAUGCAUACAAAUCCUGUUUCAAUUUUAUGAUGAUUUUGAUUGUUAUUUUUGUGAUAUGGUCCUUUAUUGCGAUGAUUGUUGUUAUGAGAGUAUUUCCUAAAGUUUAA